AUGCCCGAUGCAACCGGUCUCUGCCAUGUUGUCCGACUUCAUGCCAGACUCGAUUCCUUGACCGUCGCAUACCUCUCGUCAUCGACAACUUGCGCAUGUCCGAACUCUCAUCGUCAACAGCCUCCAAUGUCGGAUCCCCAGAAGUACACAGUCGGCUGGAUCUGCGCCAUCGCCACCGAGUUUGUCGCCGCCCAGGCCUUCCUCGACGAAGAACACGACCCCCCUCGCCAUGUGGCCCCGCACGACAACAACAGCUACGUUCUGGGCACCGUCGGCAGUCAUAACGUCGUUAUUGCCGUCCUGCCUGAUACAGAGUACGGCACGACCUCGGCGGCGACAGUAGCCCGAGACAUGCUGCACAGCUUUCCGAACGUGCGUAUCGGAUUGAUGGUCGGCAUUGGAGGCGGCGCCCCCAGACUUCCGGAGCACGAUGUACGACUUGGCGACGUUGUUGUCAGUCGUGCUGGCGGCGGCAAGGGUGGUGUGCUCCACGCACUGAAGGGCAAAUACGAGCUGAGAGGCCACCAACUAAACAAGGAGGUGGACCGGGCACUGAAGCGUAUCAAGAACCGGAAAAGGUAUAUACGCCCUCCCACAGCAAGCGACAGGCUGUACAAGGCGGGCAUUGCACAUCGCUUGGAUGGGACUGGAUGCUGCAGCGAUGUGUCCAGCGAAGACCCAUCCCACCUUGUAACCAGGUCUCAGCGUGACGAAGAAGACGACCCCAAAAUCCACUACGGACUGAUUGCCAGCGCAAACCAGCUGAUGAAGGAUGCUACCACCCGGGAUAAGCUGGCGGCCGAAAAGGACGUGCUCUGCUUCGAGAUAGAGGCCGCCGGCCUGAUGAACCACUUCCCAUGCCUGGUAGUCCGUGGGAUCUGUGACUAUGCCGACUCGCAUAAGAACAAGGAGUGGCAGGGCUUCGCGGCCAUGACGGCAGCAGCGUAUGCGAAGGACAUAUUGCGACAGAUCCCGCCGAACAAGGUCGAGACUGAGAUACCCAUCAGCGAGAUUCUAGGACUGGUCCAAGGAAAACUAGACGGCGGGGAUUUCACUGAAAUAGAAAUCAAGGAUGCGAGAAUUACCAUGAAGUCUGACGACCACCUCACCGAACUCCAGCACUGGUUGUCUCCGCCAGACUACUCAACCAACGCCAAGCUGGCAAGAGAACGCCGGCACGCCGGCACUGGAGCUUGGUUUCUCGAAAGCCCCGUAUCCCAGGAGUGGAAGGCUGGCAGACGUCGACAUCUAUGGCUUUACGGUCUUGCAGGAUGCGGCAAGACAGUCUUGAGUACUACGAUCCUUGACCACCUUUCGCAAACGGGUCGCCACGUCACGCUUGCAUUCUUCUUCGACUUUAACGACACUAAGAAGCAGACCCUAAAUGGUCUACUUCGGUCGCUAGCGAUUCAGCUUUAUCAUACCGGGGGAGAAGCAGCACGGAAACUCGACAGCCUUCUUGCAUCCCAUGGUGACGACCGCAGGCAACCAGACAUGAGCGGAUUGUCAGCCUGUGUUGAGUCGAUGAUAAAAGUUUCUGGCAAUGUUACCGUGGUCCUUGACGCACUGGAUGAAUGCACAACGAAAGGCCAACUCCUGUCUUGGAUGCGAAGCGUCGUCUCUGACUCGGCAUUUGGCAAUGUCCAAUUGAUUGCGACCGGGCGACCAGAAGCAGAGUUUCAACAGGAAAUACCUGACUAUUGGGGUCAGGAAAACUGUGUCUCACUCGACAAGAAGGCCGUCGACGCUGAUAUACGGUCCUACGUCGUAGCGAGGCUUACGCAGUCUUCCGACUUUGUUGAUAAGAAGUUGCCCCAGGACCUCCUUAACGAGAUUCGCAAUAAAGUCGGAAACGGCGCCGACGGUAUGUUCCGGUGGGCGGCUUGCCAACUGGACAGUCUUGCAAAGUGUCUGAGCCCCAACGCCAUUAAGGCAGCUCUCAAGUCUUUGCCCCAUGAUCUGAGUGAAACAUACGACCGUAUGCUUCAGAGCAUACCUCCACAGCAUAAGUCAGAUGCUAUUCGCCUGUUGCAGUUUAUCGUCCACGCUAAGAGGCCACUGACGGUAUCGGAGGCUAUUGAGGUAGUAGCGACGCACAUAGAUGGGGAACCCCGAGGGUUCGACGUUAGGGGCAGGCUAAACCGUGAAGCCGAUAUUCUUCGUAUUUGCCCCGGCUUGGUGGAAAUCGCACAAGCCACAAAAGGCAACAGCACGACGAAAGAACUUCACCUUACCCACUACUCAAUCAAAGAGUAUCUUGUCAGGGAAGAGCAGUUCGGGCGCCAAGAUGCCAGCAUCGCCAUCACGAGGACAUGCUUGACGUAUCUUACAGAUAUCAGGGAACCUACAAGGAGACCACAAGAGAUUUCCCGAUGGCAAAAUUUGCCGCAGAAGUGUGGACAGGGUUUGCGACUUCGGCUGAGGGAUCAGAAGACAUUACCUGAGCGACCGUCAGCUUUUUGCAAGACGACAGAACCUUCCAGCUAUGGGGGUGGCGAGUACGGCAACGCUCUCCAGGCUGCCUCAUCAGAAGGCCACACGAACAUUGUACAACUGCUGCUGGCCAAAGGAGCCGACGUCAACGCGCGGGGUGGCCAGUACGACAACGUUCUCCAGGCUGCCUCGUCGGGAGGCCACGUGGAGAUUGUGCAACUACUGCUGGCCAAGGGAGCCGACGCCAACGCGCGGAGUGUCAAGUACGGCAACGCCCAAACCAUCUCAAUAUUCACCGAAGACGAGGACCUUUUAUCUCUAUCUUGGUUCUCAGAGAGAAAUCAGUCCGUCCCAAGAUUUAGCAAUCAGCUUUCUUCGACGGUGGCAUACCAGGACUCAGCUUUCCUCGGCGAUAUUUAG